AUGAGACUAUCCUGGUUCAGGGUGAUGAUGAUUGUCUGUGCCAACCCUGACAGCUGGCCUGUGCUGGACUAUGCUGACUAUGGCUGCUACUGUGGGAAGGGCAGCUCGGCACACCUGUGGAUGCACUGGACAGGUACGCAAUGCCACCUGUGUUCCAAUUGCUGUCAGAUUCAUGAUCAGUGCUACUCUGAUGCCAUCCAGCAUGAGGAUUGCUGGACCAUCUUUGACAACCCUUACACUGAAAUAUACAGCUACAAGUGCGAUAGAGCUUCUAAGACUGUCACCUGCGAAGAUGAGUGUUCAGCAUAA